AUGGCGAGCCUCAAUUUCCCUUAUUCGAGCGCGCCUCUGCGCACGGUCGAGGAGAUUCAGUUUGGCCUCUUCUCCGCCAAAGAGACCGAGCGCCUUGCGGUCAUCGACAUCGAAUAUCCUGAGACGAUGGAUGAGCAACGCCUCAGACCUCGCGAAAAAGGUCCGAACGAUCCUCAUCUCGGAACAAUCGAUCGCAAUUUCAAAUGCAGUACUUGUGAAGAGAACAUGGCCGAGUGCCCUGGCCACUUUGGUGUCAUCAAGCUCGCAACUCCAGUCUACCACUAUGGCUUCAUGAACAAAGUCAAGAAGAUCUUGGAGACGGUCUGCCACAACUGUGGCAAGAUUAAGGCGCUUGAUACCGAAGAGUUCCGCCAUGCAAUCUCGAUUCGAGACCGAAAGCGCCGCUUCGAGGCAGUGUGGCGACUCAGUAAGCCUCGAAACGUUUGCGAGGCCGAUCCUAUUGAAGACCCCGAUCAACCUUUAAAAGGACCAUCUCAGCCCAAGCACGGUGGCUGUGGCAAUGCACAACCGGACAUUCGGAGAACUGGAUUGCAGUUGUGGGCGACCUGGAAACCGCGAAAAGGCGAAGAUGAUGAAGAAACUGCUCCCGAGAAGAAGCGAAUCUUCCCACAAGAUGCUCUCAACACUUUCCGUACCUUGACCGACGAAACCUUGGACAUGAUGGGUCUCAGUCUUGAUUAUGCCCGUCCUGAGUGGAUGAUCUUGUCUGCGCUUCCUGUCCCUCCUCCACCAGUCCGACCCAGUAUCAGUGUUGAUGGUAGCGGCCAAGGACAACGCGGUGAAGACGACCUCACGUUCAAACUAGGUGAUAUCAUUCGGGCCAAUCAAGCAGUGCUGCGAACUGAAGUUGACGGCACUCCUGACCACAUCAAGGUUGAUCUUUGUGAUCUCCUUCAGUAUCACAUUGCCACAUACAUGGACAACGAGAUUGCUGGACUAGACAAAGCGCAGCACAAGAGUGGUCGACCCAUCAAAUCAAUUCGUGCUCGUCUUAAGGGUAAGGAAGGCAGAUUGCGCCAGAACUUGAUGGGAAAGCGUGUCGACUUCUCUGCUCGUACCGUCAUCACUGGUGAUCCCAACCUUUCUCUUGACGAGGUUGGUGUUCCGCGAAGCAUUGCUCGCACCCUGACCUACCCGGAAAGGGUCACCCCCUUUACAAUUGAUCGGCUGAGACGCCUCGUCAGGAAUGGGCCCAACGACCAUCCGGGUGCGAGAUAUGUCAUUCGAGAUACUGGAGAACGUAUCGAUCUACGGCACCAUAAACGUGCAGGAGACAUGACUCUUCAGUAUGGCUGGAUUGUCGAGCGCCACAUCCAGGAUGGAGAUGUUAUUCUCUUCAAUCGUCAGCCAUCUCUUCACAAAGAGUCUAUGAUGGGUCAUCGUGUCCGGGUUAUGCCUUACUCCACCUUCCGACUCAACCUCUCCGUCACAACACCUUACAAUGCCGAUUUCGACGGCGAUGAAAUGAACUUGCACGUUCCGCAGAGCGAAGAAUCUCGAGCUGAACUUGCCAAUCUUUGCAUGGUCCCUCUCAACAUUGUGUCACCACAACGUAAUGCCCCCCUAAUGGGUAUUAUCCAGGACACUCUGUGUGGUAUCUAUAAGAUCUGUCGUCGUGAUGUCUUCUUGACGCGAGAUCAAGUCAUGAACGUCAUGUUAUGGGUUCCUGACUGGGAUGGGGUGAUUCCUCAACCAGCUAUCAUCAAGCCCACACCUCGCUGGACGGGGAAGCAGAUGAUCAGCAUGGUGCUCCCGCCUGCUCUUAACCUCGAGAGACUCGAUGCCAAGGGUGAAGACCCGUAUGUACCAACCAACGACACCGGUCUCAUGGUACUUGAGGGCAAUCUUAUGUUUGGCUUGUUCAGCAAGAAAUUUGUCGGCACGAGCGCUGGCGGCAUUAUUCAUACGAUCUGCAACGAAUUCGGGCAUGACACUGCCAAGGCUUUCUUCAACGGCGCACAAACCGUGGUCAACUACUGGCUUCUACACAAUGGGUUCAGUAUCGGCAUUGGUGACACAGUUCCCGACCCCGACACUGUCCAAAAGAUCCAAGACGCCGUCGACACUAAGAAGGCUGAGGUCGAUGAUAUAACAAAGAAGGCCUACAACGAAGAGCUUGAACCUUCUCCUGGUAUGAAUGUUCGUCAAACGUUCGAGAGUAAAGUGAUGAACUCUCUGAAUCAGGCUCGUGAUCAAGCUGGUGCUGCCACAGAAAACAGUCUGAAAGAUCUCAACAACGCCAUCACUAUGGCUCGUGCAGGCUCAAAAGGUUCUACUAUCAAUAUUGCUCAAAUGACUGCUAUCGUUGGUCAACAGGCUGUGGAAGGCAAACGUAUUCCUUUUGGCUUCAAAUACCGCACGCUGCCCCAUUUCGCAAAGGACGAUUACUCCGCUCCUUCGAGAGGCUUCGUUGAGAACUCCUAUCUGCGUGGCUUGACCCCCACAGAGUUCUUCUUUCACGCCAUGGCUGGUCGCGAGGGUCUUAUCGAUACUGCUGUCAAGACCGCCGAGACCGGCUAUAUCCAACGCCGACUUGUCAAGGCUCUGGAGGAGGUCACCGUCAAAUAUGACUCUACGGUCCGUGAUUCGCGAGGAAACGUGGUCCAGUUCAUCUAUGGUGAGGAUGGACUUGAUGGAGCUCAUAUCGAGAACCAAAAAGUCGAUAUCAUUACCAUGUCAGACAAAGCAUUCAAUGACCGCUACAUGGUAGACAUCAUGAGCGGAGACCUCUCCAUGUGGAAGGGCAGACUUCUUCAGGCAAGAGAGCUACAAGGUGACACUGAACUCCAAGAGAUGUUCGAUGAGGAAUAUGACGCCCUUCGAAAAUCUCAGGAUUUCUUGCGGAAGAUGGGUAAAGGCACCGAAGACUCGAUGCAGCUGCCUCUCAACAUCGGACGUAUCAUCGACCAGGCUCAAAAGAACUUCAAGAUCCGCCGUGGCGACAAGACCGACCUUGAUCCUCGUCAUGCCCUUAUUGCAGUGAAGCAGUUGUUGGAUCGACUCGUCGUCGUCCGUGGGGAUGACCCUAUCUCGAAAGAGGCCCAAGACAAUGCAACCCUCCUGCUGAAGGCGCAACUCCGCUCACGGCUGGCCUAUAAGCGGCUUGUUCUUGAGCAUGGGGUCAAUAGAUUGGCCUUUGACAAUAUCAUCGGAGCCGUCGAGAGUCGGUUCAUUGCUGCACAUGCAAAUCCAGGCGAAAUGGUUGGAGUCCUAGCCGCCCAGUCCAUUGGCGAACCUGCCACCCAGAUGACUUUGAACACAUUUCACUUUACUGGUGUGUCGGCGAAGAACGUCACUCUGGGCGUGCCCCGUCUCAAGGAAAUCUUGAACGUCUCGCAGAACAUCCGAACUCCGUCCAUGACUGUUUACCAGCUUCCAGAAAAUGCCGGUGACAAAGAAGCCGCCAAGCUACUGAGAAGCCGUGUACAGCACACUAACUUACGCUCCGUGGCAGAGACCUGCGAAUUGUGGUACGACCCCGAUAUUCAGAGUACCAUCAUCCCCGAAGAUCUAGAUAUGGUCGAAUCCUACUUCAUCAUCCCCGAAGAUACAGAUCAAGAUCUCGCGCUACACUCGAAGUGGCUGCUUCGCAUCACUCUCAGCCGCGCGAGACUUCUGGACAAGGCCCUCAACAUUACAGAUGUCGCCUCAAGGAUCAAAGCGACCUACGGCAAGGAUCUCUCGGUCAUCUUCAGCGAUAUCAAUGCGGACGAGCAGAUCAUUCGUAUUCGACUUGUCCAAAAUUACGGCAAGGACGAGGAUGACGACCGCAAAGAGGAUGAUGAAGUUCUUCGACGCUUUUUGAAUGAAAUGCUCGACCAUUUGACUUUUCACGGUGUCCCAGGGGUUUCGAGAGCCUUCAUCGACCAGAAAAGUCGUGCGAUCAUCAGUGAUGACGGCUCUGUCUAUAUGGCCAAGAGCGAUCCGCGGUGCAAUGAAUACGUGCUCGAAACCACUGGCAGCUCUUUCGCAAAGGUCCUUGCCAUUGAAGGAGUUGACACCUCUCGCACUUAUACCAACCGCUUCACUGAGAUCUUCGAAGUUCUUGGAAUCGAAGCUACUCGUGCUGCAAUUCUUCGUGAGUUGACCCAAGUCUUGUCGUUCGAUGGCUCUUAUGUCAACGCUCGCCAUUUGGGCAUCCUGUGUGACGUGAUGACCGCACGUGGAUAUGUCAUGGCUGUCACUCGCCAUGGUAUCAACAAGUCCGAUACUGGUGCAUUGAUGAGAUGUUCCUUCGAGCAAACUGUCGAGAUCUUGCUUGAGGCUGCUGCAGCUGGCGAAUUGGACGAUUGCAAAGGUGUCUCUGAAAAUCUGAUUCUGGGGCAACCUGCACCUGUUGGUACCGGAACGAUGGAGAUCCUUCUGGACCAGAGCAUGCUGUCUACCAUUGUUUCGGACAAUGCCAACCUUGGACUUGGUGGUGCUAUUGGUGUUAAGGGCUCACAGCAACUCCUUGAAGGUGCUGCUACUCCUUACGAUACCGGCUCGCCAAUGCAAGACAGUGGGUACCUUGGCUCUCCCGACUACGGGGCUUCCUUCUCUCCCAUUGCAGCUUCUGGUUCGGAAACUCCAGGAGGAUUUACCGACUACCAACCCGGAUUUGGUGGAGCUGGAGGAUUCAGUCCCUACGGUCCGCGGAGCCCUGGAGGUUACUCACCCGCCAGCCCAUUCGGUGGCACCAGCCCAAGUUCACCUGGCUUCUCGCCCACUGCUGGCUACUCACCAACCUCUCCGAUGUUUGGCGCGACCAGCCCUGGUUUCGGGCCUACAUCACCAUCCUUCUCGCCGGCAAGUCCUGCUUUUACUCCGACUUCGCCUGCGUACUCGCCAACCUCUCCCGGGUACCAAGCGUCGCCUACUUCGCCGAGCUACUCGCCGACGUCACCCAAUUACUCCCCGACGUCUCCAGCUUAUGGAUCACCGACGUCACCAAGCUACUCACCGACUUCUCCGGCUUUCAGCCCCACAUCGCCGACGUCGCCGACGUCGCCUGUUUACAGUCCAACGUCCCCGAUGUACAGUCCGACAAGCCCUAUGUAUGGUGGUAGUGCCAAUAAACAGUCUCCGACGUCACCAAGCUAUUCUCCAACCUCUCCUACCUACAGUCCGACUAGCCCGACGUCACCGACGAGUCCAUCUUACUCUCCCACAAGUCCGAUGUACAAUGCAUCUCCAAGAAGUCCAGCGGCUAGGACGGCGACUGCCACCAGUCCACAAUAUUCUCCAAACAGUCCACAGUAUUCACCAACUUCUCCAAAGGAGGAUUGA